CAAUCAUGGCGUGAUGAGCUAGCCAAUGGGCGCGCCGCAGAGGUGGUGUGAGCGUCUCUCGCGCUCUCUUUUCUCUAACGAGGGGGCCCCUCCUCUCCACCUGCAACCCGCUUGUUGGCUGGGGCCCUUGCAACGCGCGUCGGAGCCGGGGGCUGUAACGUGAUGAGCCGGGACCCUGCGAAGGGAGGGGGAAAGCUCUGGCCUCGGGGUGAGGCGGCGGCGGCGGCUGCGCAGGGUGGCCCGGGCCUGCCUGGUUGUUGCUGACAGUUGGGGGGGGAAAACUCCCUAUCAAAGCUGUUUAAAUGAGAAUGUCCCUGGCACAGAGAGUGCUGCUCACAUGGCUUUUCACAUUACUCUUCCUGAUUAUGUUGGUGUUAAAAUUGGACGAGAAAGCACCAUGGAACUGGUUUCUUAUCUUUAUUCCAGUCUGGAUAUUUGAUACUAUCCUUCUCGUUAUGCUAAUUGUAAAAAUGGCUGGGCGAUGUAAGUCUGGCUAUGACCCUCGCAACGGUUCUCAAAACGUAAAGAAAAAGGCCUGGUACCUCAUCGCAAUGCUGCUUAAAUUAGCUUUCUGCCUUGCCCUCUGCGCUAAACUGGAACAAUUUACUGAAAUGAAACUAGUGUAUGUCUUUAUCCCCUUAUGGGCCUUGCUCAUGGGGGGAAUGAUUGAGCUUGGAUAUAACAUCUUCUAUGUACGAAGAGACUAAGUUGUAACAAAACUUUUUCAAGUUGACCAAUAUCAGAUUACUGGAUCCAUCCUAUCUUGGUACAAGCUUAAACUUCACACAGCAACUACAAAUAAUAAAUGUCAAUCUGAAAAUUUUAUUUAAGACAGGCUGGUAUUUAAAGUGGACUUGUUCAGUUUUUAUUUUAGAACUGUCACAAAUAUCUUCAUGUAAAUAAAGUAUGUUUGAUUUCA